GAUAAAUGAAAAUUUAUGUGUAGAAGGUAACCAGUGAUCCUGGAAUAGAUACCUUUUUCGUAUAUAAAGUGGCGCAAGAGACCUCUAAUUUCAUAUUCCGCAGAACGGAUCCAUCAUGAAAGCGACACUUCUUAUACUUGCUUUUGGCUUUGCCACAGUACUUUCCCUUCCCCUUGCCGAGGAGAAGCAAUGGGAAUUAAUCCCUACCGAGGAUGGACACUGGCACAUGGUUAACAUCAAAGACGUCGAAUUCCAAGCCAAAUUGGCCCAGAAGGCCGACUUCGCUGUGAAAUUCCUCUUGUAUACCAAAUCAAACCCAUCCAGUGCCCAGGACAUCACCAGCUCUGUGACCGGAAGCCAUUUCAGCGCUAGUCGUCAAACUAGGGUUCUCAUCCACGGCUGGAACGGCGAUGCUGGCUCUGGACCAGGAACCACUAUCCGUCAAGCUUACUUGAACAGAGGUGACUUCAACGUUGUCGUCGUUGAUUGGGGAGCAGGCGCGAAAAAUGCUAACUACGCAAUUGCCCGUAACAACGUUCCAACUGCUGCCACCAAGGUUGCCAAUUUCCUGAAUAUGCUGAACAGCCACGGAACCUCUUUCAACAACAUCUACUUGGUUGGCCAUAGUUUGGGUGCUCACGUCAGUGGUCUCGCUGGUAAAUACGCUAAGGCCAGGCCAAACACCAUUUUCGGAUUGGAUGCUGCCCUUCCAUUGUUCAGCGCUAGCGACGCAAGCACCCGUUUGGCUGUUGGUGAUGCCACAUAUGUUGAAAGUAUCCAUACUGAUGGUGGCCGUCUUGGUUUUGAUUCACCAAUUGGUACUUCUUCAUUCUAUCCCGCUUGGGGUGGUGUCCAACCAGGAUGUGGAAUUGAUGUUGUAGGAUCCUGCUCCCAUGGACGUUCUGUUGAAUACUUUGCCGAAUCUCUUCAGGCAAAUAACCAAUUCCUCGGAAAGAAAUGUGGAUCAUGGAGUGACAUUCAGAAGAAGGUCUGCAGUGGAUCUGCUACCGGCAAGAUGGGUGGUGAACCAUCCAACCACGGUAUCGCUGGCGUUUUCUACGUACCUGUUAACUCUGGGUAUCCAUAUGCUACUGGAAAAGUCUAAAGUGACCAAAUGUUUGAUGAUGAGAUUAAUAAAAUCAUUUUGACUCUGACAAA